ACAGCAUCCACUAAUAACAAAAAAAAGAAAAAAGAAAAAAGAAGAAUAAGAAGAAAAAACCACAAAAAAUCUCAACUUUCAAAAGCAGCAUCAUUUUCUCUCUGCGUGGGAUAAGGAUUUGAUGGGAAAAUCUCUUGAAUCUGCGGCGAGAUUGCACCAUCUCUCGCGGAUCGUUUCAUCUACGAAACCCCAUAAGCCGAAAGGAACACAAUCCAGAAUUCCGAACCGGGUUGCCACCCCUCGAACCGUGAACCCGGAUAGUGUUAAGGUUGAAUCUCUGAAAAAAAUGGAAGCUUUGGAAGUGGAGCAAUGUCGCACACCCUUGUCCAAGGUUGUCGCCGAUUGCGCCAAACGGUGGUUUCAGGACACGCUUAAGGAGGCUAAGGCUGGUGAUAGUUCCAUGCAGGUUUUGGUUGCUCAAAUGUAUUGCUCUGGCUAUGGUGUUCCAAAGGAUCCUCAAAAGGGACAUGCUUGGAUUAGUAAAGCUUCAAGAAGUCGAAAUUCAGUUUGGAGAGUAUGCGGUAAACAUCCAGGUUACAAUGCAAGUGAUUCAGAUUCAUGUGACCAGGAGAACAAACAACGAAGAUAGAUUUUUCCCUUAAUUUGCAAGUAUAGCUCGUUUUAUUUUUCUCCCUUUUCUAAGAGAUUGAAUUUCAAUUCUAUAAUGUAGUGUAUGUUAACUUAUUAGUUUUUAUUUAUUAUAACAUCCAAAACAUAAGUCAAACCAUGUAGCUGACAAUUAUUCUACAGGAGUGUCACUUAUUUUAAAUGUAGUAGUUGUGUUGUUCAUUUUCAUGAAGGUGUCAUAAUAUAAUAACAUAAAACUUCAAGAGCAUGCCUUUUUGUAUUGCUUAUUUAUUUUGCCUAGAUGAGUAUUGUUUUCUUUCCUCAUAAACCUGCAAGUUGAUGUCUAAUUUACAAUGCUCCAAUUGUUGACCACCCUGCAUUUAGGCUUAUGAGAGUAACUCUAAUACUAAGACUCUCAUCUACUCGCCUCAAUUCUCUAGGUGAUGAUAGCUACAACUACAAAUGUUAUUUCCUGAUUUUGAUACUAACUAGCAUCUAGUUUGCUAUCCAAUUGUGGCAAUUUGUAUGAUAAGCUGCCUGAAACUAAAUGUGUGUUUAGUUCAGCUCAUUUUGAAGAGAUAUCUGUUUCUUUAUCAACUUCCUAAGAGAGCACAAACUGGGUUUGUGGUUAGGAAGGAUGGCUGUAGUGUAUAAAAUGCCCUGAUAAGUAAGACUUGCAAAAAUGAUUGCAGCAUUGCAAGCACAAAUUGAAAUGAUAUUGAAAUCUAAAGUGUGUCUAUUGCCAUUUUUAUUUAAGAAUUUUGUCUAAAACACUCUUUUUGUUCACUUAUAACUAUGUUAAUAGUA